CGUCCCGUGACAUAAAAUCGAUGCGAGCAGCAGUGCUGGAGUUGUGCCUGCAACUACAAGCUAGCACACGAAAAAGCUACCAAGAAAGAAAGAACAACGAUAUGCUGCCCGUCAAGCUUCUCGGGACGCCUGCCGCCGGGCGACGCCACCACUGGCUGUUGGUGGUGCUGCAUCUCGUUCCCGGCCUCCUCCUCCUGCUGCUGCUCUCGCGCUCGGCGUCGGCGUCGGCGUCGACGGUGGUCACCCACCUGCCAGGAUUCGACGGCCCUCUCCCCUUCUACCUGGAAACCGGGUACGUGGGCGUGGAGGAGGAGACCGGGGCGGAGCUCUUCUACUACUUCGCCGAGUCGGAGCGGAGCCCCGGCACGGACCCCGUCAUCCUGUGGCUCACCGGCGGGCCUCGCUGCUCGGGCUUCAGCGGCUUCGCCUUCGAAGUUGGUCCCGUAAAAUAUGUGCUGGCGCCGUACACCGGCGGUUUGCCGCACCUGGUACAUAACCCGCUGUCAUGGACCAAGAUGGCGAGCAUCAUCUUCCUGGAUUCGCCCGUCUGCUCGGGCUUCUCGUAUGCUCGUGACCCCAAGGGCUGCGACGUCGGAGAUUACUCGUCGUCUCUGCAACUCCAAACAUUCCUCAAUAAGUGGUUCACUGAUCACCCACGGUACCUUCCAAAUCCUUUCUACCUUGGGGGAGAUUCAUACGCUGGAAAGGUGAUUCCACUUAUUGCAACAUACAUUUCAGAAGGAUUUCAAAAAAGGGAGCAGCCUCUCAUCAAUCUCAAGGGCUACCUGAUCGGCAAUCCUAUAACAGACCCAAAGUUCGAUAAAAAUUUCCAAGUUCAAGGUGCUCAUGGCUUUGGGAUAAUUUCUGACCAAAUAUAUGAGGCUGCAAUGAAGAACUGCAAAGGAAACUAUGUAACCCCCGCAAAUCAACUGUGUGCUGAGGUGCUACAAACUGUAAACAGUCUCAUUUCUGAAAUCGCAGAUGCACACGUCUUGUACAAAAAAUGUGUCGUCGCCACACCAAAGCCAAUAGAAGAUGCUAUAAAAAGAAAAUUUCUGCUCGAAGAAUCAAUCGAGCCAAAUGAAGCGCCUGGUCGACCAACCGUCGAUUGUUUUACAUACGGUUACUACCUGGCAUACUUUUGGAUGAACAACAAGAUGACUAGAAAUGCUCUCGGAAUCAAGGAGGGAACAAUUGAUGAGUGGAUAAGAUGCAAAAGGGAAGUCCCCUACACACAGGACAUGCCAAGCAGCAUACCGUACCAUCUCAGCCUCACCAUGAGAGGUUACCGUGUACUCGUGUACAGUGGAGACCAUGAUCUCGAGGUGCCCCAGCUCAGCACGCAGGCAUGGAUAAGAUCCUUGAACUUCUCUAUCAUCGAUGACUGGAGGGCAUGGCAUCUCGACGGCCAGGCAGCAGGGUUAUUUCAUCGGACUCCCAUUUUUUUUUUGACUCAAGCAUAUGCAAAAAAAGAGCUUCGUCUUCGUGACAUAUCCAUUAUCUUUUCUGACGAGCAACAUACCGUUUCUAUUUUGCUAGAUUUACCAUCGCAUAUGCAAACAAUUUGACAUUCGCAACCGUAAAGGGUGGUGGUCAUACUGCUCCGGAGUACCAACCUGAAGAAAGCUUUGCCAUGGCCCGAAGGUGGCUUGACAACGAGCCACUUUGAUGUUUUUACCGCACAAUUUUUUAUCUCUCUUAACACAAGUCCUUGUAUAUUUAAUUUGUCACUUCCCCUUUAAUAGACCCUCCUAACACAUUAACGGUUGA